CGCCGCGCUGGCCCAACGGUUACCCCAAGACUCUUCCCUCUCUCCACCACCAUCGUCUCCUCACACUCCUAACAAUUAUUUUAAUGGCUCAGGUCAUUGUCGUUGGAGGUGGCCUUGCUGGUCUCUCUGCAGCUCACACCCUUCUUGAGCGCGGUGCUAAUGUAUUGCUACUCGACAAGCAAGGAUUCAUGGGUGGAAACUCCACGAAGGCCACUUCUGGUAUUAACGGUGCUGGUACCCAGACGCAGCAGGAGGCUGGUAUUCCAGAUAACGCAAAGAUCUUCUUCGAGGACACGAAGAAAUCGGCCCGUGACCUUGCUCGCGACGACCUCAUCCGUGUGUUGACGGGCCGCUCAGGCGAUGCUGUCAACUGGCUGCAGGAUGUAUUCGGCCUUGACCUCUCAAAGGUUUCGCGGUUAGGAGGCCACAGCUUCCCCCGUACACACCGAGGAGAUGCUCAAUUCCCUGGUAUGGUUAUUACUUACGCACAAAUGGAGCGCCUGGAAGAUUUGUCAGUGAGCCAGCCAGACCGCGUGAAGAUUUACAAGAAAGCCCGUGUCACCAAGCUCGUCAAAGACGAAUCUGGUGCAGUUACGGGUGUCGAGUAUGUCCGGAAUGGCAAGACAGAGACUGCAUACGGUCCUGUCGUUCUCGCUACUGGUGGUUACGCUGCCGACUUCACUGGCGGUGACUCUCUGUUGAAGAAGCACCGUCCCGAGUACUACGAUCUCCCGACAACGAAUGGUGACCACUGCACGGGUGAUGGUCAGAAGAUUGCCAUGGCCAUUGGUGCGAGUGCGAUUGACCUCGAGAAGGUGCAAGUGCACCCGACGGGCCUUGUUGACCCCAACGAGCCCGAUGCGAAAGUGAAGUUCUUGGCUGCAGAGGCUCUUCGUGGUUGUGGCGGUUUGCUUCUUGACAAGAACGGUGACCGUUUCGUCGACGAGCUUCAACAUCGUGACUACGUCACUGGGAAGAUGUGGGAGAACGGCAAGUACCCCAUUCGCUUGAUCUUGAACGGCCAGGCUUCAAGCCAGAUCGAAUGGCAUUGCAAGCACUACGUCGGCCGUGGUCUCAUGAAGCGCUUCGACUCCGGCGAGGCGCUUGCUAAAGAGAUGGGCGUCACACCUGAGUACCUCAAGAAGACUUUCGACACGUACAACGCCGGUGUCAAGGCCCAGAAGGACCCCUUUGGAAAGAAGUACUUCUCGCCAGGAGAGUGGAGCAUGAACGACUACUUCAACGUCGCAAUCAUGACCCCUGUGUUGCACUACACCAUGGGCGGUUUGGAAAUCGACACCGAGUCACGCGUCAUAGGCAAGGACGGCAAGCCCAUUCCCGGUCUCUUCGCUGCUGGCGAGGUUGCUGGUGGUGUACAUGGUGCCAACCGUCUUGGUGGUUCGUCACUGCUCGGAUGUGUUGUUUUCGGACGUGUGUCUGGCGACUCAGCUGCUGCCUAUCUCCUCCAGGCGGCUAGUGCCAUCGUGCAGAAGGCAGGCGGACGUCUUGGUGCCCUCGCAGGACAACUUGAGUCGAAGCCCGCUUCUUCGUCUGCACCUAUACAGCCUGCUGCCACGAGUGCUCCCGCCAAGUCGCCAUCAGUAGCGAAGGAGUUCACCACUGCAGACGUUGCUAAGCACAACAAGAAGGACGACAUCUGGGUCAUCGUUGAUGGCCAAGUGCUGGACGUCACAUCCUUCUUGCCUGAUCACCCAGGAGGCGAGAAAGCUAUCAUUCUCUACGCUGGUCGCGAUGCAACUGAGGAGUUCAACAUGCUCCACGACCCCAAGGUCAUUCCAAGAUAUGCACCCGAUGCUGUCAUUGGUACACUGAAGAAGUAGGGGGUAAAUGGCGGCGCGACUUCAUUCAGCAAAAGUAGAGGAAAGCAUCUGUCAUUGUUCCUCAGCAUCGCAUAUCUCUUUCUCCCAUGUCUCUGCUUGGCUGUGAUCCAGUGUAUUCUAAUGUUGUCUUCAUACCAUAUAUUAUUGUCUGAUCCAUGGGACCCACAUGAGGCUACUUUGACU